AUGGAAGAAGGAAAAUUUUUGGGUUUCAUAGUAACAAGAGACGGUUUUAAAGUCAACACGGAGAAAGUGCAAGCCAUCCAGCUGAUGCCGUCACCUGCAACAGUAAAAGAAAUGCAAAGACUCGUGCGGCGAUUAGCAGCCUUGAACAGAUUCUUGGCAAAUCACGCCACAAAAUCUUAUCCGUUCAUUAGUACCCUGCGCAAUUGUGCCAAGAAAAGCCACUUCCAGUGGACACCAGAAGCGGAGACAACUUUCAAGAAAAUGAAGGAGUGCUUAAUUCAGUUGCCAACACUAACAACACCACGAGAAAAAGAACCGCUAAUCUUAUAUUUAUCAGCAGCGGAGGUAGCGGUUGGCCCAGUGUUAACGGUUGAACGGGAGAACAUUCAGACCCCAAUUUAUUAUAUUAGCAAAAUGCUAACUGGCCCAGAGACGCGCUACUCGAUGAUAGAAAAACUGGUCCUUGCGCUAGUGCAUGCAUCACGACGCCUACACCGGUAUUUCUCUGGUCAUGUUAUUACAGUUCUCACCAAUUAUCACUUGGGGCAAAUUCUAUCCAAACCCGAUGUCACGGGGAGAUUGGCUAAGUGGGCCAUUGAGCUGGGAGGAUACAAUAUCCUAUAUAGACCGCGACCAGCAAUCAAAGGGCAAGUUUUAGCAGACUUCGCCACAGAAGUUCCCAUAGACAAAGUACAGGAAUGUGAGGCGAUCCAAAACCCUAUUCCAGUUUUCGACGAUAGGGUUUGGAUGUUGCACACAGACGAGGCUUCUAAUGAUGAUGGAGCAGGCGUAGGCCUGCGAUUGGUUAGCCCAGACGAUCAUGAGCUUACAUACGCUAUACGUUUGGUUUUCAAGAGCACAUAUAACGAGGCAGAAUACGAAGCAUUCCUGGCAGGCCUCCGUUUGGCGCUUAAAAUGGGAGCAAAAAACCUUGAAGCUCACGUCGAUUCAAAGUUAGUGGCCGAGCAAGUUAACGGGCACUAUGAUGCCAAGAGCGAGGCCAUGGCGUUAUACCUGGAACAAGCGCGGAUACUUAUCAGCCAAUUCCAAACAUUCAAAAUAAUUCACAUAAAUAGAAGUGAAAAUAAGCAUGCGGAUGCAUUGAGCAAACUGGCCGCCACCAGUUUCAGAUAUCUGGCAAAAGAGGUGCGCAUCGAGGUAUUGUCCAAUCCUUUCGUUCCUCUUAAACAAGUAAACUUCAUUGAGGUCGGCAACCCAUCCUGGAUGUCCCCGAUCAUCAUGUACCUGCAGCAUGGUAAACUUCCAGAAGGAAAAGCGGAAGCUAGGAAAGUCCAGAACAAAGCAAUAAAUUACGAGAUGGCAGACAAAAUUCUAUACCGAAAGUCAUUUAUGGGACCAUUCCUACGCUGUGUUGACAAAACAGACGCGCAGUACUUAGUCAGGGAAAUCCAUGAAGGCUUAUGUGGGAUACACGCCGGACCGCGCAUGGUAGUAGAAAAGAUAAUGAGCGCAGGCUACUAUUGGCCGGGGAUGCAUGUGGACACGGUGGAAUUAUUACGAAAUGCGCAGCUUGUCAGCGUCACGCACCAAAAACCCUUCGUCCGAAAAAUCCGCUCGUUCCGGUCACAUCCGCUUGGCCCUUCCAGCAAUGGGGCAUCGACCUUGUUGGUCCUUUCCCUGACGCACCUGGCGCUGUGA